UUAAGAAUUACUCGUAUGAUUGUGUAUACAUCUGUGUCGCUGGCAUCAUAUUUUGGAAAUAUUCUAAUUCUCGUUAGCUUAAGAAAAUUUUCAGACUUUUUGAAAGGAACACCUUACAUCCUAUUAGGGAAUUUAGCUGUAGCAGAUUUACUUCUAGCUAUUGGACUUACCUUUCAAAUUAUCAGAAUUAUAUUUCAACCAUUUGAUGGUGAGAUAUUGGUCUGUGCAAUAAACACGUGUUUUAUUGGAGCAUCCAUUGCAGCCUCUGGGUUAUUGUUAAUGUUUAUAUCUUUGGACAGAUUCUGUGCAAUUGUGUUCCCAAUGAAACAUUUAAUUCAUUCAACGAAAGUGAAAUGUAGACGAAUAAAACUUGUGCUUGUAUGGGUUAUAUCGGUGACCUUUAUCUUCACUAUGAGACUCUCUAAUCUGAAACGAUCAGAAAUUAGUACAUGUGAUCAAUGUGAGACGACACCAAAAGAGGUGUCGCUUAUUACAGCAGUUUUUAUGACUCUACAAUUUAUCAUGAAUAUUGUUAUGUGCUUAAUUGUUAAACAGAGACUUAAAUCAAAUACCAUGUCAAACCAAAAGUAUCAGAAAGCUAUGGUAAAAUGUGGCCUGCUGAUACGGGUGUAUAUCGUUUUUGCGUUGUGUUGGACACCAUAUGUUGUGACAGUUAUAGCAAUGGCGGCAUCAAAAGAUAAAGACAAGUAUGCAGAUGCACGAUCAUAUACCAUUAUUCCCGGUCUCAUGAAUUCGUCGAUGAAUUGGAUAAUCUAUGGCCUUUCAAAUAAAAAACUUCGAGAUUCUUUCAAACAUGUUUUACUUUGUAAAAAUCAAAGACAGAUGCUUUCAUCGAAAUAUAUCAGGACAAAAGUUAAAAUUGAAAAUGAUAAUUGUUCCGCUGCAAUUCCACCCUAUGAAGACUCGAGCACAUGAGGAAGUUUGGACCACUGUAAAAUUUGAAUAUUAUUUUUAAUAACCUAUAUACUAUAUAAAGGACGCUGUGUGAGGAAUUAAACUUAACAUAUGGAAGCUAGCUUAUAUGAAUAUGAAAAUGUCUAUUUAGCUCAUAAGGGUGCUUUCCAGUACUCAUGUGCAGCGCUGAAUUAUGUCAAAGUUGCAAAGUAGCUCUCACAUUUUUGUUUCACAUUGAAUGUUGUGGGAUUUCUAAAUGAUUUAUCCUGAUACAAAGUGCUGUCUAGCUUAUGUUUUAAGUAAAUUUAGAAGUAUUCAAAUUCACUUAACCAUGCAGAAAGGAGGGGUGUCUGUGGCCGAGUUGUUGAGGUGGUUUGCCUUUCUACAUAAAUAAAUCUGUACAUCGCCUUUUGACAGUUACAGUGUUGAUAACACGUUGAAUAAAAAAACCCUCAAUUUAAUAUAA